AGUCGCAUAGCCGUGGUUAAGCAUACAUGUUGGUAGGCCAAAGGGAUAAUAAAGCGGAUGUUGUGCUGUCAUCGUUGUUGAAAACGCUAAAGAAGCCAGCAAAGGGUUCGGAAUUUUUUUAGUUAUUACGGGAAAUUUUCGAAAACGCUUUUAACGGUUGAUGCGAGUGAAAAAAUAUAAGAAAAGUUAUAUUUAAUUUUCAAAAAACGUACUUUUUGAUCGCUGCACGGCUUUCGAAAAAAAUAUUUGCAACGAAAAUGCCUACAAUGUGUUCUUUUCAAUUGGACCGCAUGGAUGCGGUCUACAAUAGUGGCGAAUAUAUUCACGGACGCAUCGUAUUAAAAACCGAAAAAAUGAAGCGUGUGAAUGCUGUCUAUGUAACACUGGAGGGCGAAGCUCGCGUGCAAUGGUCUCUCAGUGGCAAAAGUGACUCGGCCAACUACUGUGGUCAUCAGCAAUAUUUAUAUACGCGUACCAAUGUUUUCGAUAGUACUGAAUUUCGUGCAGGCACACAUGUCUACGUGUUGCGCUUGCGCAUACCGUCCGGUUGUCCGUCCUCAUGCAAAGGCCCCUAUGGUUUCAUAGCGUAUAACAUCUCACUCACCAUCGCCAAGCCGUGGACUUUCGACGAGGUAUUUCGCAAGCCCAUAACAGUGGUGCAAGCGCUAAACCUAAAUCAUAACCCGGAAUAUGGGCUGCCAAUACGCGAUGAGAACGUGAAAUAUCUCUGCAAUUGGCCAUGCACCUCUGGACCCAUUAUGUAUACAUUACUACUGCCUUACAAUGGUUUCGUCGCACGACAGCAAAUUACGUUCUUCCUGGAAGUGGACAACCAGUCGCCACAUUAUGACAUUUGCAGCAUUGAGGCUUCACUCAAGCAGCAUUUUAUUUUUCUAUCACGACAGCCAUAUAAACGCAAUUUCUAUACGAAAACACUGGCGAAAAGCAUCAUUACGGAGCGUACGCUACGUUUGACCAAACGCAUGUAUCAGGGUACCGUAUGUGUACCCUCCGACACGCCGCGUUCAACUCUGAAUCCCAAUUACAUUGUUUUUGUACACUACACGCUGCAAGUAAAGUUAAAAACCGGCUAUUUUCACUAUGAUACAGAUCUUUCGGUACCAGUUGUGAUAGGCACAAUUCCGCUGCAACAGCGCGGUGUCCAGCUAGUGACCACGCAGCCACGUAGAAUCAGCACACGUGAUAUAUCUACGCUAGAGGAGGAAGACGGUGAUGUGGCCGGCGAACAGUGGAGUGUGCAGGCGGAAAUUAAUCAAACUGAAGAGGAUGAUGAUGACGAUGAUGAUGAUGAUGAUGAUGUGAUCCAACCAAUAGCCAGUAGCCAUACGACAUCACGACGAACACGAGACCAAGAUAUAUCCAAUAACAACGACGAUGAUGAGCCGCCUUCAUAUGACAGUUGUUUGCCUCCAUCCUUCAGCUUUGCCACGCUCAGUAGCCAGCAGACCCUAGAUAGUGUUGGUCACUUAUCGGAUCAGAAAUCACGAGGAAAACAACAGCGUACAAUUAAGUUGCCCAAAUUUCCUGGGUAUGAUAUUGUGGCUGCCUCCACACAGGCCAUUAAUAUGUCUACAGACUCGGCUUUGAGUUUGAAUUACUAUCAUUCCUAUGGCUCGCUUGACACUGGGCACACGGGACGUAGUCUAGACACUUUUGCUUCGAGUUGUGGGGUACUCAGUGAAACCGAUGAGCAUGUGCACGACGCUAACGAAGGCGAUGAUGAUGACGAUGAUGAGGACAUUUUCUAAAAUAGCUUGAUCGAUCGUCUACACAGACUACAUACAUUUAGAUGCUGUGCAAAUUUUUACAACAAAAAAAAAGGAAAUUA